GCUAUUAUGAAAAACUGUAGACUGUGCAUAUUUGUACAAAAGUUGAGAACGAUUCCAAUCAUACAAUGUCAUAAGAGUCGUCCACCAAACCCCAAAAAUAAUCAAAUGUAAUAACAAUAAAUAAUUCUCACAUGUCCAAAGCAUUGUUGGCUCUCAAGUCUCAAGUUGAAAAGAGAAAGGCGGAGUUGCAAACACAAAAUAGAACCAAGAAAUGGAAAAGAAUAGGUGACCAAUGGAAAGAGGAAGAUAAAAUACAAGAACAAGAGACUUUUCUUGAAGCACAUUCUCCAAUAGAGUCAAAGCAAGAAAAUGGAACAGAAACGAGUAACAAGGAACCACCGCUUCUCAAAGAAGAAGUAAUAGAAAGACUAAGAGCUUGGGAACAACCUGCAACUCUAUUUGGAGAGACCGAUUAUGAACGUUAUAUUCGACUAAGGGAUUUAGAACUACGCAAUUCAGAAGAAAGCAAAGGCCAAAGAAAUAUUUUUCAACAAAAAUUGAGACAAUUUAAGGAAAAGGAUGAGUUGGAAAACUUUUAUAGAGUGACGGAAAUGGAGUUGCCCUCUAAAGGUUCAGCAGCUCAGAAAGUGAAAGAAGAAAUAUACGCAGCAGAAGAAGGUCCAGAGUUUUUUAAAACUCCUGAAGAAUAUUGUUUUCGUUAUAUGAGAAGAUUGCUUAAGAUGUGGAAGGCUGAAGUAGAACAACUAGAUGAAGAGACAAAGAGAACUUCACUAGGAAGGAAGACGUUGGCCACUUUUGAACAAACAAAGGAAUAUCUGAAACCACUCUUUCGAAAAUUGAAAAAACAACAGCUGGACAAGAGCAUUCUCACGUCUCUUGAGAAGAUUUUACGAUAUGUAGAACAAAGAGAGUAUGUAUUGGCCAAUGAUGAAUAUUUGAGGUUGGCAAUAGGAAAUGCACCUUGGCCUGUCGGAGCUACAAUGGUUGGUAUUCAUGCUCGUACUGCGAGAGAGAAGAUAUCAGAAGGUAAAAUUGCACAUGUUAUGAACGAUGAAGAGACGAGAAAAUAUAUUCAAGCUGUAAAGAGGCUCAUUACGCUAAGUCAAAAGUGGUAUCCAACUGUUCCAAGUAAAAUGGUAGUUGGCUAAGUUUCGCUGUAUACCUGUAGAACAAGUUGCAUAUUUAAUAUCAAACGAAAUCAUUCUUUGUAAAAAACACGAGAAAACAAACGACGGUGAUAAGACUAAUCGAUGAAAAGACUAAAAGAAGACUUUUCUACGUUCAAUUCCAAAACUACGAGUCAGUCGUGUUGUAGACAAGAAGAUCAUCGUCAUUGUUGGAUAUGCAAAGUUGCAGUUCAAAUUGGUUAUGAAAAAUAUUUCAAGAGUCAAUGUAUUUGUUCGUAUUUUCUUCAAGAGAUAAAUGCAAAUACAAAAUAAUAUCAUCGAAAAUGAGAUUCAGCACUGGCAGGUUUUAAGUUUCAAAU